GAGUUACACGAGCACCGCCGUCUUUUUCGUUUCCUUUCCACAUAAGAAGACGCUCAGCCCCCACGUUUAUACCGCAUACAGAGCUAGGAAAAAAAAAGGUCACCCACCUUUGCAGACGGGGAAGAUGCAGCGGUGGUGGCGGGAGCGAGCGUCACCUCGUUUGGUCGCACACCUGCCAGAAGUAUUCGACGUCACGAAGCAAGGCAAAGUUCGUCAUGGUGAGCACCACGUGAACCGACUGCCCUCGACAUCAGGUUCUGGCAGCGCGUCGGCGGCAAGACGUACUCGCACGCCUGCGACUACCUCUUGCACUCACAGAAACGCCACCCCCUUUGUGCGGUCUUGCUGGGGUAGUGCAGUGUGUGGUGCGUCCGCUGCCGCAGGUACGUCUAUGGUGGCGGCCCUUCGUGUGCAGCACCGCCUGUGUGCAUCCCAGGUCAACCGAACUUCACCGCGGAAAGCGGCAGCCACGUCGGAGAAAGAGUUUCAACGAGAGUUUUUCGAACACUCCCUUGUUCAGCGCUUAGCUGCCGUGACGGUGGCCAAGUUCCAGCUGAUCGCCCUACAGCAGCAACGGGCGCAAAAAGCGGCCUCGUCAGAGGACACGGUGGUGUACAUGCCGAUGUUUGACUUUGUGUGUCGAGUGCCUUCGCUGGUCCGGGAUGACAUGUUCCGUCGUCAGCAGGACGCCAUGCGAUGGGUGGAGGCGUCGCCGCUGCUAGAGCUUGUCGAUCAGGACGGCAGCCGCAUCUGGUCGAACACGACGCCAUGCUUCAUGACAGGCUCCGCGACGAGUGGCAACGACGGGUGCGCGCCGUCGUACAAUCCGCUGCUGCACGUCCGUGUGGUGGCGCCACCGGAAUGGUUUCAGCGCAUCGAAGCAGCGGAGUCCUCUGUCCCCCACAACACAACACGGUCUUCCGCAUCAACACAGAGCGGUGGUAGUAGUAACGGCAGUGCAGCUUCUUCUUGUGGGUUUGCACGAGGACUAGCGGGAGAAGACUUCAGAGUUGCAGUGCAGGAUGCCCUCGUGCGCGCCUUGCGUGUCUCCGAAGACUGUGCCAUACACAAGGCGGCGAAAGUGGCGGCUCAGCAGAACAACAGCACCUUGAAUGCUGCAACGGCUGAUGGUUGUGAUGGCGGCUGCACCGCAGCACAGAGAAGCUCCAGUGUUUGUCGCUACGUACCACUCGUCAACGCGCUGAAUCAGAUUCAUCUUGAGGCUGCAGAGGCGAACAACAACGUGCGGGUCUCGAUGCCGACCGCGACCCAGGAGACACUGCAAGCGCUCUCGAUGGAGACGCUGGAGCAGGUGGUGGACGCGUGCGGUCUGCUGGUGACGGUAGGACGUCGUCUCCAGUGUGACGAGUACCCGGCACUCACGGCGAAGUGUUUGUGGGUGGUGCGUUCAAGCCAGUUGCCGCAUCAGCGGCGCCCCUCCGUGUUUGUGGCGCUGCGGCACGCGCAGGACACGGAACCGCCGCGCUUCCGCUUUGUGCACCCGCGCGUGACAGUUGCGACGGUGGCAAACAACUACGGUGGGUGGGGCUGUGAGUCGAACGUGCCCACCAAGGCGGACGUGUAUGAGAUCCUCAAAUACAUUCCGGUGAACUGGGGUUCUAUGAGCCACCUCACUAUCCCGAUCGACGUGAAAAAGCAGCGGAUCCGCUGCUCGUCGUCGCAGCAGUGGUUUCGGCGGCAGCCGUACUACUUCGAGCUGCGCAACAUCAACGGGACGGUGGAGAUACGCCGGAGUAUCGUGCUGCACCCCGAGGCGCACGGCCUGACGAAGGAGGAGGCCUGCGAGCUGCUGGAGCUGCAGCUGGCGACCGGGGAGGCGAACAACCUCGUCCUCCUCGAAGGCAGUGGCACACCGGCGGACUACGGGGUCCCGCUCCUCGAGCGCACCGCCAUCAAGUUCCUCCUGCGUGUCUGCCCGACGUACUUCGCCCCCAUCUCUCUCGUCGCGCAGCGCUACAUCAAGAAGAAUCUGUCCGAGGCGGCGAUGGUGGCGGUGGCGCGGAAGCGGCCGCAGGACUUCGAGGAGCUCACGACGCGUUUUAGCGAUGCGGUGUUGCUGCGGCGCCGCGGUGGGGCGGACAGCUCUCGCUGGCGUGCCGCCUUUGUGGCCGAUCUCGAGAAGUACCCGGAGGACGUGCGCGGGAUUAUUGCGCUGUGCAACCGCAUGUGCCCCUCGUGGGACCGGCCGGAGUUCAUCUACGUGCGUCUCGGCGAGGACGAGAAGCAAGCGAUCGGCGGCUACGAAGGCAUGAUGCGUAUUUUACAGCGUCACCCAACAAUCUUUCGCGCCGGCAAGCACUUUGUCUGCCGUGCCGAUCCGUCGAAUCCGCUGACGUUGCAGGAAGUGGAGCCGCCGCUCGACGACGUGACGGCGCGAUCGGUGAUGCGCGAGGAGAACCCGUACCAAUCGGCGCUUGACGUGGCACUGGUCUUUCACUACGUGGCCCCUGACAAGGAGCCGUGCACGGCCGCGUACUUGGCGGACUGCGCCAGCCCGGCCAUGCGGUGCGUCCUGCCGACGCGCCUUGUGACCGUCGUGCAGCAGUUCCCGAAGCUGUUCGCGUGCACGGAGACGUCGCCGGGCGUCUUUGCGAUUCGCAAGCUGAAGCAGCGGGUGCUGAAGCCCACUGCACAGAUUUCUGAAGAGGUCGUGCAUAGCAGCGGCAGCAGCAGCACCAAUACGAAUAACGAUGGCACGGUAGCCGCGACGGACAGCGACGAAAGCCUCAUUCAGAUGCUGGAGGACGAGAUCGCCGAGGAGGAGCACCUGACCAAGGAGGAGGUGGUUCACGCGGUUCACACGCUAGUGCCGGACUCGGGUGUGGAGGCGCCGCAGCUGCUUCAGUGGGCGUCGAUGAGCGUGCAGCGUGCCGCCAACGAGUACUUUGGUGGCGUGCUGAAGCUGACGGAAGCGAUGCCGCAGCACUUCCGCGUGGUCACGACGGAGCAGGCGAAGACCAUUUACAAGAAGUAA